UUUACCAGAAACAAAAUGUGAUUCUACAAAUUCUCAUUGUGUAAAAUUCGUCCCUGAAAUUAUUUCAUUGAUUUUAUUGUCUCUGUGACUAUUCGAAGAGUAUAAUUCUCAUUCAUAUUUUUUAAAUCGGAGUAUAGUGUCUAUUUUUAAGAUAAAUAGUAAAAUAAAAAUUUUUAAGUACUAAAGUAAAAAAGAAAAAAAAAUGUUUCCAGUGAGAUAUAUUGUUUGCAUUUUUUUGCUUUUUCUCUCGAUUUCAUUAGGUUAUGCAGGCAGUGGAAAUUAUGCCUUUGCCAAAGUCGAGAGUUGCAGAGGAUGCUCCUUGAACUCUCUUCCUGACGUAAAAAGUUUUAUUUUCAAUGAUCUUCCAUUGUAUGAGGAUGUUGAAUUCAAACAUAUUCAGGGAGCAAAGCCUGAACUCAUUUUCUACGACAAAAAUGACGAGGAAAUCGAACGUUUAGCACUUUCUCAAUUAACGCGAGAAGAGUGCAAUGAUCUUCUAUUAUCAAAGGGCUUUAAAAAGAGACCAAUCAAAGACGAGGUGUAAAUUGAAGAAAAAAGGAAUUAUCUUUUUUUUUACAAAUUUUAAACAAUUAAUAAUAAUUACUGCCUAAGCAAUUGUUUAAUUAUUGGUAAUAAUCAAUAAUUUACGAAUUGUUAAUCAACAAUUGUUAAUCAACAAUUUAUUGUUAUUCAAUAAUUAAUUGUUAAUCAACAAUUCACUAAUUAUUGUUAAUCACUUAACGUCAAUUAAUAGUUAAAAACGUAAGGAUUGAACAUUUCUUCAAAGAUCGCACAUUUCUCAGGCAAAAAAUGAUUUCAGUUUAAGUAAAAAUCUGUGAUAGUUAAUAAUAUCAAGCAGAUAAAUUUUUGCAGUUUUGUACUUUUUUUUCAUCUGCAAUUUCGUAGCGAACAAUAAGUUGUAUGAGAAUUUUGCUUCGAUUUAUAAAUAAACGAAACAAAUGCAACAA